AUGGUUGAUAUUUUUGUUGCUUUAAAUUAUAUCGAGAAAAGGCAAGUGAAUUUUGCUAUUUUCCAAUUUGAAGGGGUGGCACGCUCGUGGUGGAAUGUUGUUAGUGCAAAGUGGAAAAGAGAACAAAUCCCUUGGACUUGGGUAAACUUUGAGAGGGAGUUUAAUGUCAAGCUCCUUUCGCCAAUUAUACAAGGAAAGAGGGAGGACAACUUUAUUAAGUUAAAACAAGGGUUAUUAAGUAUGGCUGAGUAUGAGGAGCGGUUCACCAAAAUUUUCAAAUUUGCCCCUGAGCUUGUAAUCACCGAACGAAAAAGGAUAAGGAGGUUUAUUCAGGGGUUAAAUGUAGAAAUCCAAGAAUCACUAGCAACUGCCCAGAUUAUCACUUUUACGGAUACCUUGGAUAAGGCACAGAGGGUAGAGAAUACUAAGUCUCAAUAUAAGGAUUUUCAUGCUAGAAAGAGGGGUAAUCUAAGUGAUAAUUCUAAACAGUCCGAGAGGUCUACCCAACCCCUUAGAAUGGAAAAAGGGGCUGAAGAAGUGAAGAUACUUGAAAAACCCGGAGAAACUCCAUCAAGCGAAGCCCCGCCAAAAGGAAAUCAGUGUAGGCGAGGUCAACAAAAGGGAAAAUCUCAAACUGGCCAAUCCGUGACUCCUCACGUAACUUGUGGAUACUGUGGCAAGAUUAACCACACCGAGACCGAGUACUGGAGAAAGUAA